AUGGCAGAUGAAGCACUGAUGAAAGCUGGUCUAUAUGUCGACACUUGCAAUAAAAUGCGCCUUUUACAGCCAGAUGUAGCGGAUGCUUCAAAUGAAAUUGUUGAAGAAGCAAGAGAAAUUGUGAAUAAAUUGAAUAAUUUCAGUGAUGCUACAGAAGCAAUCAUCAAAACAUUUGAUGAACUGGCGAUAAUCGUGAAAGGCGAAAAAAUUCGCGCGAUGUCAUCCAGAAAUGCUUUGAAAACCGCUGACAAACAACACGUCGCCGAUCAGCAACGGUUGCAGAUUCUGAUCCGAGAACGCGAAGUGGAACUGGAAAGGUUGCAUGUUGAGUUAGAAAAUACUCAACGGCAAGAAUAUGCCCUCAAAGAAUACUUGGAGAAAUUUUUAUCACCAUAA